UUUAGACAAUUGGCUGCACGUAGCCCAAGCCUGGCACCAGGGACCAGGCAGCUGCAGCACAUUCCAAAUACCCGUCUAUUUAAAGCAUCCCGAGGCUCCCAGAACAACUGCAGAGGCAAACCUGCCACUAAACCAGCAGAGGGGGAAUGGCAGAACCAGCCCCAGCCCCGCUGUCCCGCCUGGUUGUGCCUGUGCUCCUGGCAGUUGGCUGGAUCCUGGGAUGUGCCCUCAUGGUUUACAUUGUCUUCUCCUGAUGGCAGACAGAAGAAUUUACAGUGAGGUUGAUUAGAAGAACCUGGAAGUUCAACUGAGAUUUCUAAUGACUAAAACAAGCAUAAAAUGAGUUAUUUUUAAUAUCAA